AUGGAAUUCAAUGUAAAUGUUUCAUUCACUAUUCAUGUUGAAUAUACAAUGGCACAAUUUACUCCCGUAAAGAAUUUAUGGAAAAUAAGUGCACCAGCUCUAGGCCUUUACAUACGUUCUACACCCAGAUUUAUCUUUUAUCAUACAAAAUGCACACUCAUGACAACAUCGAACGUGAAUCGGUCUAUACUCAAACAAAUAUUUCUCUCAUUUCGAGCAAUGUUUUAUCGCGAACGACCACGUCUGGUUGGCGUAGAUAAAUCAGGUAAUCGAUAUUUUGAAGCACCACCAAAUAAAGCAAGUGAACAUACUCAUUUAUCAAAAUUACCAAAGAGGUUUUUUCUUAUGCCUGGACAAAAUGGAUUAGAAUGUUCACAUGGGAAUAUGGAUGUAGAAUUAUCGUCUGUACCUCCUGAAUGGCAUUCAUGGUUGAGUCAUCGACGUUCUAAUCCACCUACAGAAGAAGAGAUAGAAGCUAAUGCUGUAUCUAUGAACAACCGUCUUAGUCGUGCAGCAGAAUUGGAGGUAAAAUAUAAUGAAGAACGUCAAGAAAUGAUUAGACAAGGAUUGUUACAUACUGAUAAAGUGGAAUCGUCUAACAUUCAUAGUAAAUCUUUAUUUCCUGUUUAUUCUGAUUUACAAAUUUCCCCGGACGAAAGUCAUAAAGGUACAAAAUAG